AUGUCAGUCGUCAUCGUCCUGUGUUCCAUUUGCGCAGGGGAGUGCUGGCACAAGAACAUCAACUUCAUCGAACACCUACUCACACGUAGCGCAUCCUUAAGGAGAGAUCCCGGAGACGUCGCCUCUGUGUCCUCUUACAUUCCUACUCCAACUCCAACUCCUAUGUCAACCUCACCAUCUUCGUCCCUUUCAUCAGCAACGACAUUAUCAGGGCAGACGUUGGCGACGAUGAGGAGAAGUAGAUUCACUUGUUAUGCAUCGUCCCCUGGCACUCCCUAA